AUGAAGUAUUUUCCCCAUUCUAAAUUCAUUCUUUUCAGAGAAGCCUGGAAGAAGGAGUGCAUGAUUGCGUGUGCCGAGGAGGUGCAGUCGUGUGUGGCCGGCGACUUCGGCCCGCUGGUCAUCCCGAUCAUCCGGCAGCCGAUUCAACCGGCCGAUGACGUCACUCUUCUGGAGAGUUUUAAGAACUUUGUUCAACGAUCCAUCACUGUCAUUCGCUUCAUUGUUUGGUGCGUCUUUUUUUUUUCCUUUUUUUUUUUUGACAUGCUUGGACUUCGAUCGUGCUUGAUGGAUUGUAUGAAUUUGAUCUUUUUAGAAAAGGUGUCAAGACCUUGGUAAUGCGUUUUACUUUAUAUUGUUUUUAAUGAAAUCCUAUUGGAUUUUUCAAGAGACUGAGUAUGUUAGAAUAUGGAAUGUUUCAGUUCAAAAGAUUAAUAACGAAAAACUUUCUCCAUUUGAUACGCUUCGACUAGACAAAUGUUCGUCUUCUCCGAGGCGAUCAAUCAAAAAAGAAAAAAAAAAGAUUCCGACGACUAAACCAACAAAAUUGGGGCCAAAGUGCGAGAAAAAUGGGCUUAUCUCUCCGUUUGUCUUUCCUUUUUUUCUUGUUUUUGGGGAGAUUGGACGGAGAAUUAAUGGGGAGUUAUGAGGUUGUUUGGUUAGAUUUAUGAGAAGUGUUUUUUUUUUUUCGAAAAUUCGAAAAACUGGUCUUUUCACAAGAAUUUUUGAACUACAGGCUUUUUGAGGCUAGGAAUUUUUUUAAAGUCCAUUUUUCCUGGUUUUAAAGCUUUUGAGUAUAUAAGGAAGUUGAAAUAAAGUGAAUAGAGUUUGAAAAACAGUCUAUAGUUCUUUCAAAGGAGAUAAAUAAGAUGUUCAAAGGCUCAGAUCUAUUUUUCGUGCCUGGGAACUUUUUUUAGGUUUUUUUCAUAUUCAAAAACAAAACUUGAAUUAGUUUCUACAAGACAAAACCUCUAUAUGACUUUUUGAGUUGGAAAGCCAUUUUUUUCUGAAAAACUAAUUUUACUCCUUUGCGUAGAAAUUUGAUUGAUUCGAUUUAGCUUCGAAAAGAUUUUUUUAUGAUAUUUUGAAAAAAAUCAAUCCGUUGAAUUUUCCUCCAUUUUUUCCACAUGUUUCACUUGCAUGUUGGUGCAACCAGCAAUUUCCGCAACUACUUUUUUGCCUUGGAAAUUUCUUUUUUUUUCUGUUUGCAAACGAGAUUUUUGGCGCUCAAUUUGCGCUGGUCUGUGCAGCUGUCGAUCGAAUGGAAUUGAAAUUGGCAGUUCCUCGGUGUUUUUUUUUCCCUGUUCAAAUCGGAUUUUUGUUCGUUCACAGCUAUGUUUUUCAAGUUGUUAGGGAGUUUGAAGGCGUAGGUAAGGGUUUGAAAGGAGUUUUUUGGCACGAUAAUGAGCCGGUACUGUAUUUUACUCAGAAAGUCCUUGAAAAUGUAAAGUUUUGAGGCACUAGGAGGAUUUUAAAAAGUUUUCAUGCUUCGAAAGUUGAAUCAAAUGCUUCGAUUUGUGAGAAAGCUAUUCUCAAAGGGUUUUUAAUUAGUUAGUGGGUUUCAGUUUGUUCAUAUGAGUUUCUUUGGUUUUUUUAAAGUUCUAAAGAGCAAGGUAAACCUUGGAUACAUUUCUUGUCAUGAGAGUUAGUUUUUGGCUUUUUAAAACCUUCAAAGAACCAGAAAGUUGCUGUUAAUGAACUACAUUCUCGUUGGAGAAAACUUAAUAUUUUUGAUUGCAUUUUAAAUGGCUUACUUGGUGCAUGACAGCUUUUUCCUUGGACAGCAUGCGACCGAAACUUAUUUGCGCUUUAUUCCAAUCUCCGUUCGAUCAGCGUUUUUGAGUUUUGUUUCAAUUUUUUACAUGUCUCCAGUUGGAGUUUACGAUAUUGUUGAAAUCCGUAAUUUUUUUCCUUGACAAACUUGAAAACCAAUUUUUGGGAAAAAUUUUUAAAAAAAUUAUCGUUGAUUUUUGAUUGUGAAACUUCUAUUUGAAAAGAAUUAUAGGAUCUUUCCUUCCUUCUGUACUUUGCCCUCGACUUCCGGAUAGUUUAAAAUCAUCUGAACUACGUCAAUGUCAUUUUUUUCUCUCUUUUUUUUUUUUGAAAGCAAACACUCGAAGUCUUGUGAUAUCUUUUUUUCUGUUUGUUGGACGUUGAUCCAGUGGAUUUUUCGGUCAGCGAUCGAGUUUCAAGUGUUUCAGAGAAGUAAGGUUAUAAGUAUGAGAGAAAAAAUCCUUCUUCUUGUGAAAAAUUAUCACUGGGAUUGCUAGCAUGGUAUCAAAGAGCUUAAAAUUUUUUUCUAUAUGUAAAAAAUAGUAUUUUAGUGAGCCGUUGUGCAUCUGGCUUUGAUGUAAUUUCAAAUUAGCUAUUUUUUUCAGUCUUUUUAUGAAUUUUCUUCGAAGUCCCGAGUUUCGAUGCUCAAAAAUGGCAGUCCCAAUUUUCGAGCUCAAAAAUGGCAGUCCCAAAUUUCGGAUUUUUAAAAUGGCAGUCCCAAAUUUCGGAUUUUUAAAAUGGCAGUCCCAAAUUUCGGAGUUCGAAAAUGGCAGUCCCAAAAUACAAAAAUGGCAGUCCCGAAAUUCAAAAAUGGCAGUCCCAGAUUUCCUAGUUCAAAAAUGGCAGUCCUAAGUUUCCCAGUUCAAAAAUGGCAGUCCCAAAAAAUUUCAGAUUUCAAAAAUGGCAGUCCCAAAAAAUUUCAGAUUUCAAAAAUGGCAGUCCCAAAUUUGAGAGCUCAAAAAUGGCAGUCCCAAAUUUCCCAGUUCAAAAAUGGCACUCCCAAAUUUCCGAGUUUAUCGUCCUUCAAUUUAGAGAAAAUUGACUCGAGCGUUAAAUUAACCAAGAAUCCUUUUAAAGCUUGUCAGUCGAUUCCAUUUAUAAUCUAUCUCUUGACGAACCCCGAAAAGGACUGAUAACGCAAAAAAAUUGAAGGAUACCUGUUUUUCGGAGCGUUUACCUUUUUUCUAUGAAUUUUAAGCAAGAUUGGGGUGCUAUAAUCUUUCUGCAUACAUAUUGGCAUUGCUUUCGCCUUUCAGUUUCCCGUCGGGCCGCGUAUUGCGUUACACAUUUUUCGGUUCGUGUUUAACGAAGCCUUUCCCCCCUCCUUUCUUUCCAUUUCUAUGGCAGGUGCACAUUUUCUUGUUUUCUUGGUUUCUUGACAGUUUUUUUUUCCCACCUGUCUCAUGUUUUUGAAUAGCUGCGGGCGUUUUGUGAAUCAUUUUCGAGUUUUUGAAAAAGGUUUUGAAUUUUCUGAAUCGAAAAGAUGAGGGCUGAGAAUUGUAAGUCGAGGGUUCCGAAAAUCAAACUCGAUAAAGGAUAGUUUCAAGUUACUAAAUUAAAUUUAUAAAGUUGCUAAAAAUGAGAAAUUGAACAGAAAUUUCAGUUUAUUUUUUUAGCUAAUUAUGAAUGUUAACUUAAUUUCAAUGAUUAUUUAGAAAAGGUAGGAAUUAAGCAGAAGAUUUUAUUAACUAAAAUUUUUUUUUCAGUGGAACGAAUCUCUUUUUUUUUACUCAUUGUUAUAUGCGAUUUUUCGCCCCCAAAAUCUUUGUGAGAAAAUUUUUUUUCAUAUUUUUCCCAACCUCCGACUCGAAUUUCCAUCUUUUUGUCCCUUUCUCUUUUUUUUUCCUAGCAAUUUUCCUUCCAAUUUGUUUUCCUUCUUGGCAAGAAUAGAGCUAGGGAUAUUUUCGGCGGGUGCGAAAUUUCGAUUUUGACAUUUUUUUCGCAGUUCUAUCUAUUUAUUCGAUAAGGUUUUAACCUUUUACGUUCCCUUAAUUGUUAAAAACUUCUUGUCUUGUUUAGAUAUGUUUCAUAUGAAUAUACCGUAGGAUUUGUGAUUCAAUUUUUCUCGCUAGACCGUAGGUUGUGCUCUAAAAUGACCCUUCCUUGAAUUUCGCAACUUUUUUCGGCGUCCAUUUCGAAUUGUUUCGAAUUUUGUGUAGUUCUUUGGUUUCGCCUAAUAUGACAUUGGCCUGGUUUUGGCCUGGUCAAUGUGCAAAUUUGACCCGAGACGGCCGGAAAAAAGAACGCCGUGUCCAAUUGGUCCCUCUAACCGCCCUGCCACCCUCCGCUACCUGAAUGAUCUCUCGCCCCGCUGCACCAGUGUCUCCCGCCCUCUUCAGUGCUCUUCGUCACUACCAUUUUUCGCGUCCUUUCCUCGGAUUUCCCUCCCAUUUGAUCGAUUCAAUCAAAGUUAUUUGUAUGAAGUUGUUCAUUUUUUUGAAAUAUAUUAAUGGUCUCUGAAAGGAAAUUGGAAUCUUGUAUGAGAAUACUAAAGAUUUUUGAGGUCUUAAUUUGAAUUUUUCAUAUUUUCUUUUGAAAUCAGCACCAAUUUUUUGUUCUCAAAUACUUCCUGGAAAGAUAUUUUGGAAAAUCUCUUCUGAAUGAAGAUUAAUGGUACUGUUUGACAGGUUUUUGGUAUUGUUUAUUUUCGGACCACGUGAUCUUUCUCAGCCUAGCAGACGUCGACUUGGCUUGUUUUUGAACGUCGUGUGUGGUGCGCCUUCUUAAGCCAGCUUUUCCUACUAAUUUUUAAUCUUUCGUAUAAUUUUUAUAGUUUUUUCGGUGCUUAUUUUAAUUUGUAGAAAAUUGAUUCUGAUGCUUUACUGGCUUUCCACUAAUUUAGUGUCAAAGUAUAUCUGCGAAAUUCAAAAUAACGGUCGGAGUGAGAAAAAAAGGUAACUAAUUUUUGGAGAUUCAGAGAUAAUUUCGAAAUCUCUUGGCGUAAAUUCAGUUCAAGCUGGAUAAUUACCGACUCUUCUCAAUUUUCUUAUAUGAGUUUGAUUUUUCUUCAUCAAAUUUAGCUUCAUCAAAGUUAAAUUCAUCAAUUCGCGCACAGAUCGAUCUUCUCAUAUCGGUUGUUCGAAAAAUACCGUAUUUUUAAUAUCCUCUUCGCUCUUUUGUGUUAUUUUGUUGGUCAGAAUGAUUGAGGGAAGAAUUCGGUUUUUCAAAAUUUUUAUGAAGCUCUCUAUAUUUUUUUAAAGUUUCAGUUGGUUUGAACGGCUUUUCCACUUUGAAAUGAUCAACCAAAUGUCAUUUCAAAUUUCGUUAUCAGGUUGAUUUUUUAAGGAUUAUAAGCUUUUAAAAUGUAGUUUUGCGAAACUAGAAAUUCCAUCGGAUACUCAUCUUCCAGCGCAAAACCUUUUUUUUCGAAAUUUCACACGCACCCACAAUUUUUUCUUAUCUUAUCUUUGGAAAAGUUUAAGAGACGUCAUUUUUAGUUAUGUUUCAACGACUUUUUGUGCGUGUAUGUUUGUUUGAAGACUUUCUCAUUUUUAGUAAACAUUUUUGCAACCGUUUCUUGACGCUCUAUCGAUUCAUUAUUCCGUUUCGUGAGGUUUCUCUGAUUUUAUUGUAAACAUAUUUGAAUUGAACGAUUUUUAUAUGGCAAAUAGGGUAUAUUCUUGUUUAGAAUUACAAUUAUCAGGUCUUUUGGUUGUUUCGAAAGUUGAAUUGAAAAAAUUUUGCAAAUUUUGUUGACAUGGAUGAAGAAAAAAGAUCAUAUAACUCAAACAUCAAUGGAAAUCGGAAUCGAAAACUUAGGAUAUAAUCUAUAACUGUUGAAAUUUCGAAUAGGCAGAUAAAAUAAUAAUUUUACUAUUUUUCGAAUUUAAUUAAGCUUUGCGCGUGCGAUUAAAUGCUUUUGUGCAAUCUUCCUACUCAACAAUCCACGGUCGAAACAUUUUAUUCUACGGUUAUUAAUUAAAAAAAAGUUUGACGAACUUCCAUUCUUUUUUUCACUGACAAAAAAUCUAUUUCUGCUUAUUUUCGUUUUUUUUUUUAUCCUCAAAACGUGUUGAAGUCAUCAUUGGCAGAUGAAUUAUGAAGAAAAGGGGAGUUUUUUUUGAAUUUUGGUCUCUUUUGCGUUUUAAAACAUAUUUUCCAAGGUAAUCACUCACUGAUUUUUUUUUCCGGCGUUUGAAAAUUUCACAAAACGUUUGUUGGAUUGAGAAAAAGCAGCUGUUUUGCGUUUCUUCUUUUUCUCGCCUAGAGCUGUUGAUUUCUUUCUUGUUUCCGGCUCUUUAAACUUUCAAGCCACGAACUGGGUUAAAUAGAACCGUGUGGCUCUAUUUGCAUUCCGAAGAGCAUUAUUUCUAUUUGAGGUUCGCUUGGCAAGCUUAGUUUUUUUGAGUUUUUUUAGAUUUAAUGUUAAUUUUUUUAGAUUUUUUUGGUUUAUGUAUAUUGCGACUCUCGCGUUAUCUGACGCAAGAGAUCUUGACGCGAAAGUGUCAUUUUUCUCUCUUUCUGAGCUCAGAAAUUUGUUUCACGUUUUCAUUUAUUUUUUCGGAUUAAUUUUGGUAAUUUUUUGAAUGGUUGCAUAUGUUUGAAUAUGAAGCCAGUGUCAUGAAUUUUUCUUAAUUUUUUUUUUUGAACUCCAUAAGCUUUGAUUGGAAAUUUAGAUAGAUUCUUAAAAAAAGCGUACUUUGAGGCUUUCCACAAAAAAACUGUCGAAAAAUUUGACUUGAAGCCCAAAAAAAUUCUCUAGAAGCUUCUAGGUUUGGGACUGCCACUUUGAAAAAUUUGAAUAAUGAUACCCUGCAAAAUUUCCUAUAUAUACGUUUUUUCUCUUUCUCUGCUCAAUUUUAUUGAAUAAUUCAUUCGCAAUCAUAUUAUUAAUAAGUUUUAUAGGAUCGUGACGACACUGGGCGAAUACGUGUUGACGGCGGCCGAAUCGCUGGCGAAUGGAGCGUCGCGAGCGUGGUCGCUGGCGACCUACCUUCAUUCGCUGCUCUCCGACGAAGUCGAGCCGAGCGAAGCUGAAAAGCAGUUGCUCCGGUCGCUGCAAGAUGCGAUCGCUGACGAACGCGAACGAGUCUUCCACGAGAUGGUCAGAGAGAAUUUGGUGAGUAUAUUAGGAAAAAUAAGCAAAACUCAGUUUGAAUAACCUCGCUGAGCUUUUAAAGGCGGAGAAAACAUUGGAGACGGAAAAUAAGUGCUCUUCGACCUUUUUGUAGUUUUCUCAUGAUCCUUUAAAAGCCUUCAUUUUUUUUUUAUAAUUGCAAAAAUGAAUUCGCUGAAAAUUGAACAAUUAUUGAGCUUUCUGAUGGGGUUCCAAGCUCUAACUUUGGUAGGAUUUUGAAAAAUCGCUAUUUUCUCCGUGAUUUUUACUUUUAAGACAUUUAUUACUGUUAAAAUUGUAUAUUUUGACAGCAUUUGAUGAAAAAAAAAAUGAAAAAGUUUUUUUUCUCGAAGUUAAAAAGUUCAAACCCUUUUCAUAUUUUCAUUUUUCAGAUCUGCGGCCUGCUGUUCAUGGCCAUGUACUUUAUCGCCUUUGGUAUUAUUUCGAAAUUCAAAAGGAAAACGGAACGAGAAUCGUUGUACGCGGGGCUUGAGGAUGAGAUUGUCUACCGAAUGUCGUAAGUUUCAUUUUUUUCCCCUUGGAAAAUAUUUUCAACGUUUCAUAUUAUGAAAGCAUAAACAUUCAGUUGAACUUUCUCAUAAUUCUCGGAAGAUUCUGAGCUUUUAACACUUUGAGAAGUCGUUUUGUAAUGUUUUUGGGGCGCACAAUUUUAGAUAUUCCCCAUUUUCAACAAAAUUUUGAGGAAAAUUAUAGUUUUUAGAGAUUCUUUUGGCUCAUAUUAUUUUUUUCCAGAGUUUGGAUGUGUUCGGUAGCUGUGGCCGUCUCCGUCGGAUCCAUCACACUUUUGCCGUUUUUCCGUUUUUCAGCGUCGAAUUGCUACAGCUCUACCCGGGAAAUUACUAUUUACAGGUGA